CGGGGCAGUAGGCUGUGCUGAUUGCAGAAGAGCUGGAGCCUUCGGUCUCCAUCACCAGCCAUUCAGGCGCAGAAAGAGAGAGGGAGGAAGAAGAGGAGGAGGAGAAGGGGCGAGGGGCGGGGGAGGGAAUCUGAUCCCCCUGCUGGCAAUGGCCUGAGCCGAUCCCUUAGGAGAUCCAGCACCCCUGCUCUGCCUGCCAAGCUGUGGACCGGCCAGCCCUGCCUCCUCGCCAUCCUGCUCCCAUUUCGCCUGCACAAUGCCAGCUGUACGGCGUAGCCCCUUCCUACACUAGGGGGGCUCCACUGGGGAUGUGAGCCGGCUGGCAGGGAGAGCCAUUGUGGGGAAGAGGAGCCAGCCAGACAAGGCCCAGCGAGGCUAUGAGGUGUGGGCGACCGGAGAAGGCUCCUCACUGAACCAUGAUGAAGACGGAGCCCCACACCGCCAGCCCUGGCAACAGCAGCAGCGGUAGCCUGAGAAGCGCCUCUCCCCACAGGAACGCCUACGAAGCGGGGAUCCAGGCCCUCCGAGCCACAAAGGAUGCCCUUGGGGCCGCCGAGAGCGAAGAAGCCAAGAACGCCAGAAACAAGAAGUAUGGCUCCAACGUGCACCGGAUCAAGAACAUGUUCCUGCAGAUGGGGACCGCCCCGCCGGGCGAGGGAACCUGUGACCUGGCCAAGGUGAAGGAGAAGCCCGUCCGGCUUUCCUUGCCCAGGGCCAGCAGCCUGAACGAGAACGUGGACCACAGCGCGCUGCUGAAGCUGGGGACCAGCGUGUCGGAGAGGGUGAGCCGCUUCGACUCCAAGCCUGACAAGCCGGUCUCCAAGCUCCAGGAGACCCGGAAGAUCUUCGAGCGGAGCCUUCAGGAGAAGGAGACCACCAACAAGCUCCUGCUGAGGAAGGAGAGGGCCGGCUUCCAGGACAGGAAGCUGGACGUGGUGGUGAGGUUCAACGGUAGCACGGAGUCCCUGGACAAGCUGGACACAGAGGCCGUGUCCCCCACUGUCAGCCAGCUCAGCGCCGUCUUCGAGAAGGCCGACCUGAGGAACAACCUGCACAAAACCCCCAGCAAAGUCGGGCCCCUCAACUCCAAGAUUGUCAGCAAGAGGUCCCGGGUCUUCCUCCAAGGCCCAGAAGGGGGCAAGGCGGAAGCCAGGGGGGGCGACGGGCCGGCUCUCCAACUGAGAGCCAGGCAACUUGAGGGCGACAAGGCCCAACCCAAACCGGUUGCACCCAGGCCGGGCGAGAAGGAUGCCAUGGGCCCACGGACCCAGAGCGUCCAGGAGGUGCGGAAGAUCAAGCCGGUGGAGGUGGAGGAGAGCGGGGAUUCGGAGCAGGAGUUCGAGGCCGCCGAACAGGCAGAGGAGACGGCGGCCGAGCAGGACAAGAGCAAGACCUUCGCGUCUGGGCCUGAGAGGGCCGAGGUGAUCCAGGCCGAGGUGACGGUGCAUGCGGCCUUGGAGAACGGCGGCCUGGCUGCGGAGAAAAGCGGGCAGGCCCCGGAAGUGGAUGCCUACCCCACGGAGGAGGGCAAGGCCGAGGGGCAGGAGGAGGCCGACCUGGGCGAUGAGUCCAAGAAGGAGGACUUCUCAGAGGCCGACCUGGUGGACAUCAGUGCGUACAGCGGGCUGGGGGAGGACUCAGGGGGGAGCGGGCUGGACGAGGACGAGGAGGCCGACGGGCUGUACGAGCCCGAGUCAAGCUGCGUGGAGAUCCCUGGGCUGUCGGAGGAGGAGGAGCUGGCUCCCAACCGCAAGAUCCAGUUCAGCACGGCUCCCAUCCAGGUGUUCAGCACCUAUUCCAAUGAGGACUAUGACCGCCGGAACGAGGAUGUGGACCCCAUGGCUGCCUCGGCCGAGUACGAGCUGGAGAAGCGGGUGGAGAGGUUAGACCUCUUCCCGGUGGAGCUGGAGAAAGACUCCGAGGGGCUGGGCAUCAGUAUUAUCGGGAUGGGCGCCGGAGCGGACAUGGGCCUGGAGAAGCUUGGCAUCUUUGUCAAGACGGUGACCGAGGGGGGAGCGGCUCACCGGGACGGCAGGAUCCAGGUGAACGAUCUCAUCGUGGAGGUGGACGGUACGAGCCUGGUGGGCGUGACCCAGAGCUUCGCAGCCUCGGUGCUGAGGAACACGAGGGGCAGAGUCCGGUUCCUGAUCGGGCGGGAGAAGCCGGGCGAGCAAAGCGAGGUAGCCCAGCUGAUCCAGCAGACGCUGGAGCAGGAGCGGUGGCAGCGGGAGAUGAUGGAGCAGAGAUACACCCAGUACACGGAAGAGGAUGAAGAAACGGGCGAAUAUGCUACGGACGAGGACGAGGAGAUGAGUCCCAUGUUCCCCAGCAGCGAGAUGGCCAUCGAGGUCUUCGAACUGGCUGAGAACGAGGACAUGCUGUCCCCCGUCGAGAUGGACCCCGAGAAGCUGGUGCACAAGUUUAAGGAGCUCCAGAUCAAACAUGCCGUCACUGAGGCCGAGAUCCAGCAGCUGAAGAGGAAGCUGCAGUCCAUUGAGCAGGAGAAGGCUCGCUGGCGAGCCGAGAAGGCCCAGCUGGAGCAGAGCGUGGAGGAAAACAAGGAGAGGAUGGAGAAGCUGGAGGGUUAUUGGAUGGAGGCCCAGAACCUGUGCCAGGCAGUGGAUGAGCACCUGAAAGAGACUCAAGCCCAGUACCAGACCCUGGAGCGGAAAUACAGCAAGGCCAAGCGGCUCAUCAAGGAGUAUCAGCAGAAGGAGAUCGAGUUCCUCAAGAAGGAGACGACCCAGAGGCGCGUCCUGGAGGAGUCAGAGCUGGCCCACAAGGAGGAAAUGGACAAGCUCCAGGAGAAGAUCUCUGAACUGGAGGGGAAGCUGUGGCCCCUUUUCACCGUUCACCCUGUGUCACCCGGCCUCCGGCUCCUCACCACUAAAUGUCUGCGCGCAACCGGGGAGCCGAAGAUCAACCGCCGGCAGUCGCUGCCUAAGAAACUAGCGCCCCCCAAAUCGCCCAUGCCUAAUGGGAGAGAGAAAGAGGAAGGGGGGAGGAAAGCGGGGAACCACAAGAGACGCCUCUGGAUCCCAGCAUGGACGCAAUCGGACGCUGCUAAGGAUGCCAAGGACCCCUCGACCUGCCCUGCCAUGUCGUCCUCCAAACGCCGAGACGCCGACGAGGUUUUCGAUUUUAAUGAUGUGAUUCCAGAGACCCAGAGGCUGGACAGCAGUUUGCAGAAGGCCCGAGCCCAGCUGUCGGCCAAGGGCAGGCGGCACCGCCCGUCUCGGUCCCGCUUGAGAGAUAGCGUCAGCUCGGCGGAAGGGGAAGAGAGCCUGGAGAGGAAGGUGGCCGAUAAAUAUGGGAGCCCGCGGCACCGUAUGAGAUCCCCGCUGCACGCCACCCUGCAGGUCUCCUCUCCCCUCUCCGGCUCCUCUCCCUUCCUCCGCGCCACCGAGUUCUCCUUCGACGCCGCCGUGGUCAGGAGGACGCUGGAGGAGGACGAGCAGCCUUCGUCCCCGCUGAUCCGCUACCAGCCCCUGACCAACGCUUCCUCCCAAGAGGCCUUGGGAUGCACCCCCACCGGCUCGCCCCCCAAGUCCUGCCACAGCUCGGACAGCUCGCCCAUCUACACCCGGAGGGACCGCCGGGCAGAGCGGCACAGUGAAGAUGACACAAGCCCAUCAGAGCCAGCCAGCCCCACCAUCGGGCUUGACAAGAAGACCCGGAGGAAGUUCCUGGAUUUGGGGGUGACCCUGAGACGAGCCUCUUCCAGCAAAAGCAGGAAAGAGAAGGGGAGCAACCGGUUGUCCAUGGGCAGCAGGGAGCUGGCGGAGGGCUCCAGCCGCUCGUCUGUGUCCCCGUUCAUGCCCUUCUCCUGGUUCACGGACAGUGGGAAGGGCUCGGCCUCUUCUGGCAGCACCAUCUCCCCGACCCGCUCGCCCAAGAGGGAGGGCUUAAGCCCCAAAAAAUCUGCCUCCCAGGACUCCACGCUGAGCGAUGACUCCACCCCACCCAGCAGCAGCCCCAAGACGCUGAGCAGCGGCGCCAGCGAGACAAAAUGCUCCUACCCCUACCACACUCUGUCCCAGUCCUCCGACGAGUUCCUGGACGAGCCCCUCAGUGCCGCCACCAGCUGGAGCAGCCAGCAAGUGGGCCAGUGGCUGGAGAGCCUGAACCUGGAGCAGUACGUGGACGAGUUCGUGGCCCGCGAGGUGGAUGGCCAGCAGUUGCUGCACCUGGAUGGAGCCAAGCUGAAGGCCCUCGGCAUCAGCAGCUCCACCGACCGGGCCCUGCUGAAGCGGAAGCUGAAGGACCUGAGUGUGGCGGUGGAGAAGGAACGGAAAGCCCAGGAGAAGGUGGAGAAGCAGAGGGAAAAGCAGAAGAAGAAAGAGCAGGAGCAGCAGCGGAGGAGUUAGGGAGGGCGAGUUGGCACACGGCUCCCAGCGCGGGGAGGGACAGGAGACCUCCUCUGCCCAGGCGAGGGGGAAUCAGGGGCACACCGACCAGAAGAGACACCGGACCCCACAGGGGAUCAGCCCAGGUGUCAGUCUUUGGCUUGGGGUGGUGCUGCCACGGAGCCCGGACUUUCCAGCUGCCUCCUGGAUCCCUGCUGGCCCCAGGAGACAAGCAAAUCCCUCCCCAACUCUGCCCAUCCACUCCACCAUGCACAGGGCUCCUGGCACUGCUGAACUCCGCCCUACAGCUGGCUAGUGGCUGGCACCCGCCCAUGGGCUGCAGCUGGCACGGCUUCCCCCUCCGGGUUUCCCUGCUGACCUCCAUCUGCUCCCGAUCGGUUCCUGUCACCAAGGCCUUCCUGCUCCAUGCUGAUUGGCUGUCCUACCUCACCGGCCCCGUUCCCCUUAGUCCAUGGGCACCACUGCUGCUCCCCACUCCCUCCCAAAAACGAUGGCUCAGCCCCGACGGGCCCGCAGGAUGAAGAUAGUGCAUGGUGUUACCCCUCCCCCACCCACGAGCGAUCCCGGGUUGUGCUCAGGGUCCCCAGGGGCCAGGAUCAACAUUGCUCGGACUAGCACAGCCUGGCCAAUUUAUUCCGAGAGCGCAGACACCGACCCAGGGAGAAACCACGAAGGAA